GUCAAUGCUCCUUUAUAGAAUUGCAAUUUAUAUGUCAAUACUCUUUUAUAGAAUUGCAAUGUAUAUGUCAAUGUUCCUUUAUAGAAUUGCUAUGUAUAUGUCAAUGCUCCUUUGUAGAAUUGCAAUGUAUAUGUCAAUGCUCCUUUAUAGAAUUGCAAUGUAUAUGUCAAUAAUGCUCCUUUAUAGAAUUGCAAUGUAUAUGUCAAUGCUCCUUUAUAGAACUGCAAUGUAUAUGUCAAUGCUCCUUUCUAGAAUUGCAAUGUAUAUGUCAAUGCUCCUUUCUAGAAUUGCAAUGUAUAUGUCAAUGCUCCUUUAUAGAACUGCAAUGUAUAUGUCAAUGCUCCUUUAUAGAAUUGCAAUAUAUAUGUCAAUGCUCCUUUAUAGAAUUGCAAUGUAUAUGUCAAUGCCCCUUUAUAGAAUUGCAAUUUAUAUGUCAAUGCUCCUUUAUAGAAUUGCAAUGUAUAUGUCAAUGCUCCUUUAUAGAAUUGCAAUGUAUAUGUCAACGCUCCUUUAUAGAAUUGCAAUGUAUAUGUCAGUGCUCCUUUAUAGAAUUGCAAUGUACAUGUCAAUGCUCCUUUAUAGAAUUGCAAUGUAUAUGUCAAUGCUCCUUUAUGGAAUUGCAAUGUAUAUGUCAAUGCUCCUUUAUAGAAUUGCAAUGUAUAUGUCAAUGCUCCUUUAUAGAAUUGCAAUGUAUAUGUAAAUGCUCCUUUAUAGAAUUGCAAUGUAUAUGUCAGUGCUCCUUUAUAGAAUUGCAAUGUAUAUGUCCAUGCUCCUUUAUAGAAUUGCAAUGUAUAUGUCAAUGCUCCUUUAUAGAAUUGCAAAUUAUAAAUGUAACCUUGCAUCAUUAGUGUAACAUGAUAAACAUAAGACCAUUAAUGUCAUGCACUUUAUUUGUCAAUGCACCUUAUUGAAUUGCAAAUUAUAAACGUAAUCUUGCUUUAUAAUGGUAAUGUGGUAACCAUGCAGCGUAUAUUUAUACUUGUAUGAAUGAGUGUGAAACAUUAUAAUGUGUACUUUCGUAUUAAAUAUAUCAUCUCUGAUAAUGGCAUGCACUUUAUAUGUCAAUGCACCUUAUAGUAUUGCAAAUUACAAAUGUAAUCUUAUUUUAUAAUGGUAACAUGGUAACCAUGCGGCGUAUAUGUAUGAGUGAGUGUGAAACAUUAUCAUGUGUACUCU